UAUUCCACCAAACAACAUAGCAGCACUAUUUAGUAAUUAACCAAACCAACGCCACAUAUUUUCUCCCAAACAAGAGAGAGAAAUCAACAGACUGACUUACUUAUUACUCUAGACCGACAAAUCCCCAAAUUCAUCAAUCGCCAUGGAUUCUCAGAUCUAUGGCCUCUCUCUCGCCUUCCUCGCUCUUCUCGCCACCACCGCCUCCGCAUUGCCGGCCAAACCAGCAAGCUCCGCCGCUCAGAUCAAUUCCAAUUCAGUCCUCGUAGCUCUCCUCGAUUCGCAUUACACCGAGCUCUCGGAGCUCGUUGAGAAGGCGCUGCUCCUGCAAACGCUCGAAGACGCCGUCGCCAAUCACAACAUUUCCAUAUUCGCCCCUAGGAAUGAGGCGCUGGAGCGGGAUUUGGACCCCGAAUUCAAGCAAUUUCUGCUGGAGCCACGGAAUCUCAAGUCUCUCCAAAAUCUCCUUCUCUUCCACAUGAUUCCCACCCGCAUUCAGUCCAAUCACUGGAGGAACAAGCCAGUUCACCACUCCAGCCUCUGCCGCGACGCCGCCGGCGAACUGAUUCCAAUCCACGAGAAAAACGGAGAGAAAAUCGUCGGCACGGCUAGGGUUAUCAAAUCCGACGACAUCGUCCGCCCCGACGGAAUCAUCCACGGCAUUGAGAAGCUCCUAAUCCCCAAAUCCGUCCAGCACGAAUUCAAUUCGCGCCGCAGCCUCCGCGCUACCUCCGCCGUGAUUCCCGAGGGAGCACCGGAGGUCGAUCCGCGGACUCACCGCCUGAAGAAAUCCGCACCGCCCGCCCCCGCCGGCUCCCCUCCCGCCCUCCCUAUCUUCGACGCCCUAGCUCCCGGCCCCUCCCUCGCCCCUGCCCCUGCUCCCGGCCCCGGCGGCCCGCACCACCACUUCGACGGCGAGAGCCAGGUGAAGGACUUCAUCCAAACGCUCCUGCAUUACGGCGGCUACAACGAGAUGGCGGAUAUCCUAGUCAAUCUGACGUCGCUCGCCACCGAGAUGGGACGGCUGGUCUCGGAGGGGUACGUGCUGACGGUGCUGGCGCCGAACGAUGAGGCCAUGGCGAAGCUGACGACGGACCAGCUGAGCGAGCCUGGGGCGCCGGAGCAGAUUAUGUAUUAUCACCUGAUUCCAGAGUACCAGACGGAGGAGAGUAUGUACAACUCCGUGAGGAGAUUUGGGAAGGUGAAAUACGACACGUUGAGACUGCCGCAUAAGGUGGUGGCGGAGGAGGCUGACGGCUCGGUGAAAUUCGGCCACGGCGAGAGCUCUGCUUACCUCUUCGACCCAGAUAUCUACACCGAUGGCAGAAUCUCCGUUCAGGGCAUCGACGGCGUUCUCUUCCCCGCGGAGGAGACCGUCGCCCCCAAAGCCGCUCCUCUCGCCAAGAUUGUUUCCAAACCAAGAAGAGGGAAGCUGCUAGAAUUGGGAUGCAGGAUGCUUGGGGCUGUUGGGCAAAAUCAUCACUUCUCUACCUGUCAUUAAAUUUCAUACUACUAUCAUAAAAAAAUAUAUGGAAAAUUAAAGGACAGAAAUCCACAAUGAUGCAAAAAGGAUGGUGAAUGCACUUGAGCUGAAGAUAGAAAUCAACAGUGUGCUUGUUCAUCAGAGAACCCCACAAGGACAGAAGAGACUUUCAAUUUUUAUCUUCCUUUUUUGUUUUUUGCCCUUGUAAUUUUGUUAUAAUUACUGUAAUUACAUACCCAUUUUUUUAUUUGUAUUUAAGUAAGCUUGGUCCGCCGACAGCAAGUGUAUGCACAAAUAUAUAGGAGUGGAGUAUAUUUUUUAUAAAGAGGGGAGGGGGGUUGCCUCUGUUUAAAGAAUGCCAUGAAAAUCUUGUGGUGAGACCAACUUUUACUUUCACUUUUAAUAAUGGACAUUAUUUGUUGUCCUUUUGUGAAUGGAAAGAACCUUCCUUUUCAUAA